UCCCUCUCUCUCUCUCCCAGUCAUCCUCUCCUGCCGAGCUGCUGAGCCUGCGACGAUAGCCGUGGAUGAAAAAAAUCUCUCUUUUUACUUCAGCCAACGGACGCAUACUUUGGAAAGGAAAUAAGUGAAGCUCCAGGCCCAGUUUCAUCUCCCGUAACUCUUAAGGAACUUCUGAGGACCUGUACCAAGUACAAGAAGAGCAAACGAUCCAAAUCAUUUUGGUGUGCAACCGCAACCACCUGCCAUCCUUGGGAACAGCUUCCCUCAUCACAAGAUUCUCCAUUACUCCAAGGAUCCAUCCAUUUGACUGAGUUACAGCUGAAGCCAAAGGAGAGACUAUGAAGACAAGCUGUCUCACCCCACAUUGCAGCCCAACAAGAUAUGACAUAACAUGGAUCCCCUGCUAAUCACUAUAACCAUAAAGCUGUGACUGGCGUUGUGAAGCUUUCACCCCUUUCUCAGCACCCAAUCCAGACCCUCUUCGUCUUUUAAAAUCCUUCACAGGAACCAUUGUUGCUUCCCUAUCUCCUGCAAACGCAACCCCCUUUCCUGCCUGCCCCUACGUUUUUGUCCUUUAUUAUAAUUUCAGAUUUCUUUUCAUCCGCAUCAUGCAGGGUGCUUCUACCACCUCCACUCUCCUUUUACUUAUCCUCCCCUCCUUCAUAUUCUUCUCCCACUUUCCCUACAUGGCCAGUGGGGACUGCUGGCUCAUUGAGGGGGACAAAGGCUAUGUGUGGCUGGCUAUCUGUAGUCAGAACCAGCCACCGUACGAGACUAUCCCUCGGCACAUCAACAACACUGUCCAUGAUUUGAGAUUGAAUGAGAACAAGCUCAAAGCUGUGCUCUUCAGCUCCAUUUAUCGCUUCACCAACUUGACUGAUCUCAACCUCACCAAGAAUGAAGUCAGCUACAUUGAGGAUGGAGCUUUUGCGGGACAAGUCAACCUACAGGUUCUUCAGCUGGGCUACAACAAGUUGACGAACAUAACCGAGGGAAUGAUGAGAGGGCUUUUCCGCAUGCAAUGCCUCUUCCUCCAGCACAACCUUAUUGAGGUAAUCGCCAGCAAUGCAUUCUGGGAGUGUCCCAGCCUCAGCAGCAUUGACCUGUCAUCUAACAAACUUGGCCGCAUUGACCCAGCCACAUUCACAGUUCUCAGUCGGCUGAUGGUAUGUGAACUGGCAGCAAAUCCAUUCCACUGUGGCUGUGAUCUUUAUAGUUUCAUAACCUGGUUGGAGUCCUUCAACAAUGUAACACACACCUAUGACCGCCUCCAGUGUGAGACACCCCGGGAAAUGUUUGGCCUCCCGUUACUUAUCGCUGCUGGCCAUACUGGUCGAAGUGCCAAAAACAUUUUGUACCAUCACUGCAGAGACGGAGUGAUGAUUCCAGGAAUGACUUCUCUACCACCAGAUCUGGAUGGUCCUUCCGGGUUUGGACCAGAGAUGUUUGGUGGUGUGGGGCCGUACCACCAGCCCACUACCUCUUCCUCAUCCACUGAACCAAGCACUCCCAGCAUCAAGCUCCAAAAUGUCUCAUUGUCAUCAGCCUCUCUCCUUGUGCAGAUCCCAAGGCCCUACAGCAAAAUGUAUAUUCUAACACAAUACAACCAGACCUUUGUGUCUGAUGUCAUGAACUUGAAGAACAGGAAGGAGAUGAUCACCCUCAACAAGCUCAAGCCUCACACCAAUUACUCCUUCUGUGUAGCAUCUAUCCGCAACUCUCAACGUUACAACCAUACCUGCCUCCAGUUUUCCACUCGGGCUGACAUGCUGCCCACACCUUCCACAACUACUCACUACAUUAUGACCAUUGUGGGCUGCCUUUUUGGCAUGCUCAUUGUUUUAGGCUUUGUCUACUAUUGUCUACGUAAGAAACGAAUGCAUGAUGACAAGAAGAAGUCCAUCUGUGUCAAGAAAACUAUAUUGGAAAUGCGCUAUGGACCAGAGGUGGCAGCAGCAGUGGCAAAUGAUCCAUCAGCAGUCCAUAAGCUUCAGGAACAGUCCAGAGAACAUCACCAGUAUCAGCACCAACAUGGAGGAAAACUUCCCAUGUCUGCAUCCUCUAGUUUGGGAAUGCUCCACUCAGCUAACACCAGUUCCUCCAGACUUUCCUCUAUCCCACAAGUAGAAAAGAUGGCCACUGCCUUUUCAGAGGCCAUGGCUAGUAAAGGAAACUAUAUAGAUAUCAGAACUGGAGGGGCAGGGAUUGAGAGGUUGGGAGAGGGUGGGCAUGGAGGGAUGGACUUGAGGGAUGAUGAUGGAACUGAUGUUGGUGAUGACUCAGAUGAUGAUGGUCAUGGCUCUGCAUCAGAGAUUUCCACCAUUGCCAUGGAGGUGGACAAGGUUAACCAGAUCAUUAACAACUGCAUUGAUGCACUGAAACUGGAUGCGGCAGCAGUUGCUGCUUCAGGGGUCUCUAUUAACCCUAUGUCCUGCUCCAAUCCAACCUCCCCUCCCCCCACCAGCACGUCCUCCCUUACUCGUGGCCUAAUCCCACUCUCCCAAGGUGUGACAGAGAUGUGCCAAAUCAAUGCUCCAAACAAAAUACCCCCUCCACCUCCACUCCCUGCUUUGAAUGCCCCUCUCUCUGAGCGCCCAGGGAUCAGUGGUGGUGGCUUUGUUGUCACUCCCCCUUACAGGCCCCCUCCACCAGCCACUGCUGUACGUCCUAUUCAGCGACAAAUGAGUGCAGAUGCAGCUGUGGUUAUUGUAAAUGCUGUUAAGAAACAGUGCAGCACCACCUCUUGUGGCUCCAUGGGUCGGGACAGGGAACGUGGAGGAGCUAGGGUGUAUAGCCUGGAUGUUCCUGAGCCACGUAGCCCAGAUGGCUUUAAUCAACAACAGCAGCACUAUCCAGACCGGGCCAGUCCUGUGGGCUGUGGGGAGCCCCUAGAGAGGCUGCCUUUAGUGGGAAGUGGGAGCUGCAGUGGUGGAGGUGGUGGUGGUUGCGACAGUGGUGGUGUUGGUGCCCAACAUAAGGACAGCCAGAAACCACACCAUUACCAUCAAAAACAACAAAUACAACAUCAGCAGCAGCAGCAGCAGCAGCAGCAGCAGCAGCAGCAGCAGCAGCUAGAGGUGCAGCAGGACUACCACUGCUCGGAGCACCGCCACUCCGUCCCAGCUCUAUAUUAUGAAGGUUCCCACCAAGGCUCCCCAGCCCAAAAGGUUUCCUUCUUGAAGCCCCUGACGCGCUCCCGCAGGGAUGCAGCGUCUUACUCCCAGCUUUCGCCUGCCCGCCACCAUUCCAGUUACUCUGGCUACUCCUCCAGCCCAGAGUACUCCUCAGAGAGCUCACUGAGGAUCUGGGAGCGCUUUCGUCCCUACAGAAAAGGCCAGCGUGAUGAGGCCUGUUAUGUAACGGCUGGAAAUGCCCUCAGAAAAAAGGUGCAGUUUGCUAAAGGCGAGGACCUGCAUGACAUCCUUGAUUACUGGAAGGGGGUGUCAGCACAGCAGAAGCUGUGACUAGGGGACCAGGGAUGGGUAUUGUGGGAAAAAUAGUUUGGAUACUUAUUUUCCUGAUAGGCCAAUGGGCCAGACAAAACCAUAUGAAGAUGGGGGAAAAGAAGUUGGACAAAAUUUUGCCUUUGGUUUUUUGGCAUGCUAGGUGUAUAGAAUAUUGUGCUAAAGCAAGGACUGUGAAACUGUGCCUGGGAUAUGAGAGUCAGGAUGGUGUUUUAUUUUACACUUUUUGUAGCAUCUUUUUUGGAUCAUUCUCAUUUGGUGUUUGUUGGUUUUAUUUAUCGCACAGGGAGCAAAUGCCAACUGUGUAAUUUAUUACUCUUUGAGUGAUCAUGUUUUGUGAUCCUAAGGACCAUCUUUAUCAGUGCCAUGUUUUCAUCUAUGGGUAAUCACAGAAAUUAAAUGCUGAUAUAUUUCAUUUUAAGCUUGUGUGAUCCAAGGUGUUGUUUCCUAUUUGGUAUUGGGUACUGUAUCAAUUUGCAGUGUGCACUUGGAUAUGCUUAGGCUUUUAAGUGAAGGGAGACUAUGACGGGUGGGAACUGUGCUUUGUUACAAGUGACAACAUGCCGUUUAGUGAACUUAAAAUUUAGUUGUUAAAUGCAGACCCUAUCUCUCUUUCAUGAGAUCACACGUGCAGCAUAAGUAUUUGCAUGUCUAUAGCAUCUGUAACAGAGAAAGAAAGAAGAAAUUGGAAUGAAAUUAACAAAUGAACACUUGACUGUGGGCUUAAAGUUCCUGCAGCAAAAUAAAUGAGAGAGAGAGAGAGAGAGAGAGAGAGAGAGAGAGAGAGAGAGAGAGA